UCCUCCAUUCACAGAAAAAGCUGUGACUGGCGAGAAGCUUUUUGCUCCUUGAAUGGACAAAACAGUCCUUCACUCCAAACUGAAGGUGGUCUUCCUCUUUCAUUUUUCUUUUUAAGUCAGCUUGACUAAAGUUGACUGUUGCUCCGCCAUGGUCUUGAGGGCCUUCCAGAGAGUCUGUACGGGGGUGUCAGACAACUGAAGGGCAUCAACUGAGCCAGACUUUGGAGAGACUGACUUUUCGUGAAGCGCUGGAUCUUUGGGGUCAGGGCAAAAGGUCAGUCAGACGUCUUGAUUGAGAGGCUGAGAACAUCACAAGGCAACUUCCAUAUUUUAGAGUGUUUCAUCCUGAACCAAAAUGGGUUCAGAUGUACGUGACCUGAACUCCCUGCUUCCUCCAGUACCGGCGGGGCCUAGUCCAAACUGUCCGGCUUUACCCGUCAGUACAGCCCCUCAGUGGGCUCCUGUCCUGGACUUCCACACCGCUCCCUCCCCUUACUCCUCUCUCGGACCCCCUCACACUUCCCUUGGGCCACACUCCUUCAUCAAGCAGGAGCCCAGCUGGGGUAGCACAGGUGACCCCCACCACCUCGACUCAGAUCCUCACUGCGGCCUCAGCGCCUUCACCGUCCACUUUUCCGGGCAGUUCACUGGCACAGGGGCUUGUCGGUAUGGAGCUGCAUUUGGGGCACCCCCUUCUGCACCGCCACCCUCCAGCCAACCACCUUCCGUUGGGGCCCCACAUCACCACCAGACCCCAAGCAGGAUGUUCAGCAACCCGUCGUACUUGACAAACUGCAUGGACACGCAACCUGCAGUCCGCAACCAGACAGGUUACAGUACGGUUGCGUUCGAUGGAGCCAGUAAUUACGGUCACACUCCAAGUCAUCACAGCUCGCAGUUCUCCAACCACUCCUUCAAGCACGAAGACACUUUAAGUCAUCAGAACGCCAUCGCAGAGCAGCAGUAUUCCAUGCCCCCUUCGAUGUAUGGAUGUCACACGCCUUCAGACAGCUGCACAGGCAGCCAGGCUCUGCUGCUGCGGAACCCCUACAACAGUGGUGAAAAUUUAUAUCAAAUGACCUCUCAGUUGGAGUGUGUGGCUUGGAACCCUGUCAAUACACUGGCAUCCACCAUGAAGAGCCAUGCAGGGAGCUAUGACAGUGAGCCCAGCACACCCAUGGUGUACAGCUGCAGCACGCAGUACCGCAUACACACACACGGCGUCUUCAGGGGAAUACAGGAUGUAAGACGCGUGCCCAGCAUUGCUCCAGCCAUAGUUCGAUCAGAGAGCAGCGAGAAGCGUCCAUUCAUGUGUCCCCAUCCAGGAUGCAACAAGCGCUACUUCAAGCUGUCUCAGUUGCAGCUGCACGGCCGUAAACACUCAGGGGAGAAAACUCACCACUGUGAGGUGGCAGACUGUGGUCUGAGCUUCUCUCGCUCUGACCAACUCAAAAGACACCAGAGGAGACACACAGGUGUUAAACCCUUCCAAUGUGAGACGUGUCAGAGAAAGUUCUCUCGGUCUGACCACCUUAAGACACACAACCGGACUCAUACAGGUAAAACAAGUGAGAAGCCUUUUCACUGUCGCUGGCCAAACUGUCAGAAGAAGUUUGCCCGUAGUGAUGAGCUGGUGCGACACCACAACAUGCACCAGAGGAACCUCACCAAGCUCCAACUGGCUGUCUGAGUCUGUGUUCAGUCACUCAUCAUCUUUAUUUAUUCAGAAAUCAAAUUCCAACACUUGACAUGUAAUUGUUUAACUAUCACACAUACAGUUUACCUACAUUUGCAUUCAUUGACCUUAGGUAUGCUGCACUUAUGCGGGUUUAUUCUAAAUAAGAGUACCGGUGACACUCGUGAAGUUUCAUAUUAUUUCCUUCAGUCCGAUUGAAACAUAUUUCACUCUAAGGCAGGGGUCAGCCACGGGCCCCUUUUUUAUUGACUCUCCACCUACGCUAUUCUAAAAACAAAAUUAAUUCAUUAUGAAUUAGAUGUAUUAUUCGAUAGUACACUAAUUUGAUUUGUCACCUAAACCACAAAGCUAACAUGCUGAUGUUUUGUUCUCAUUGCAUUGGUUUUAGUAUCUUUAAUGCACAAAAUGUAUCAAAGUGGCACUCUGCAUCUUUUAAUGUUACUGUAUCCGGCCCUCGAUGGAAAAAAAUUUGGACACUCCCGCUCUAAGCAAUUCAUCAGAUUUCACAAAAAAAACAAAAAACUUUGAGCAAUACAAAGUGCACACUUUUUCCACUGCCCAAGACCAAUAAACAUGAUCUAAUGGUGACUAUAAAAAAAAAAGUUGAGCCUCUAAAAGAUCAUUUAAGCCUGAACAAGCCAUCUUAAUCCGAAUCAUUCUACGUUUUUUGGCAUCCUUUUUUGUUUUACCCAUUUUAAUCACACAGAUUCAAACUGGAGGAAAUGGGUAGAUCAGAUUGAAGACUAAGUUGGGCACUGUUUUAGGUUAAAUUGCAGUAGUAAUAUAGUGAAUAUAAGUAGUGAGUAAUUAUUAGUACAUACUUGUUUUCAGAAAGUGUAUAAUAUGUAUCUUUGGGCACUAAUACAGUCAAAUAUAUUUGAUUCCAUGGUGACCAGAAGUGAACAUAUCAGUCUCCCCAAAUGUAACUCACUACUACUAUGUUUGGAGUGAGGUUAUAGGUCAGGAUCAAAUAUAUAAAGUUUAAUUACAUCAAAUUUGUUGUAAAUAUCUCCUCUGAAAGGAAAACUGCACAUCAUCCACAAUCCCUACGUCAAUCCCUACCAAGCUAUAGCAACAUUGUUAUGGUAGGAGCCAACACCCAGGAACUACUUUUCUAGUGACACGGCUAGACUGACUAUGUAUAUAGCUGAAGCACUGUGUGUUCCAUGCAUCAGAAUCAAUAUAAUGGUGACUUACUCGAUGGACAGUUGUCCGUCUGGUCCCAGCUGGCCUGGGCCGUCUUUUCCAGUUGGUUUUGGGUAGGUGAAAAAAAAAUUCUACCACCAGGGUUUGUUAGUGCUCACAAUUUUUCAUUUUGAUGUAGUCUCUUGGAGCAGUGUCCUCCUCACCAGAUACACAAAGCCUUUCCAUCAAUAGUAGCACUGUGUGCUACUCAGUGCCUGCUCAGCUUCUAAAACCUGUAGCUCAACCUCCGUAUAUUCAGGCUCAAAAAGAUAAGGUUUGAGGUCCUCAUUUGUCUCAAAGUAGUCGGCGGCAGCGGCUCUCACAAAGUCUGCCAUAUCUAACACAGAGUGCACUCUGCCAUGCUGCUAUGUUGCUGAAAGAAGUAGCGUUAGUUACUAUGUGUUCUGUGAAAUCAAUGCACCCAGGAAAGAAGUUCUGGCAAUGUCUAAAAUGACCAAAAUACUGUAAAUUAUACCUUAAUUGCAUGUUAUCAUGAAUGUGCCUGUUACUACAUGGUUACAGAUGUGUAUAAAACGUUGUUGGGGAUUUUUGGAGUAUUUUUUUUAGAGGGAUUUAUAGGCGAGAUAGGUGAAUCCAAAUUACCUGCAUCGUUAGUGAAAAACCGCCACCACUAGGCGGCUAUCAAGAACGCACGGAAAAAAGAAAGACGUGUGUUGUUGUCUCCCAUUGGGAUUGUGGAUGAUGGGGAACAUUUUUUAAAAAGCAGUUUUCCUUUAAAGUACUUAUUUAUUUUCAUUUCAUGGAGAGAUAUUCCUUCACUGGAAUGAAGAACUAAGAGGGAGGCUGUGAUACACUUUUUUCUGUGUUCAAUGAUCACGUCAACUUUUAGAAAAUAAACUUAAAUCUAAAAUUUGCAUCUCACUUGGCAGGUCAGAUUUUGAUGUGUUGUUUGUUUGGCACAUUGUAAACAAAUGUAUUUCGGUGUGUGUCAGUUUUGUGAUGUAAGCAGUAGUUUGUUUUGUUAUUCAACACUCUUUGUGUAGCAGUACAUUGUCUGUUUUGUGUAAAAUGAAUGGAUAUUAGCUGUGUUUUACACACUGCAUGUUCUCAAAUAUGUCUGGCGGGUCACACUGGCUCUGUGACCAGGACAUGGUCAAGAUGUAAAUAAUUGUGCUUUGCCAUGGGAACGGAGCUCUUUCCUUGGGGAAAACAUUUGACUUAACUGUUAUAUUUCUGGCUAUUUUUGAAUGGAUCCUGGAGCCACUUGUUUUUUUUUUCUUUCUUGAUGUGUAAUAACAAUUUAGCUGUAAAUAGUAAACGCCAGUGAAACAUUGUUUUGUACUAAGGAUGGAUUUAUCUAAAUUCUUUCUGUGCAAAGUGUUUUUGGUUUGUUUUUAUGAAGUAGUCUCUGGGGUUCUUAUUUAUUAUUCAUUGUGUUUUUAUAAGUCAUAAUAAGCAGUUAAUAAAAUUCUGAUUAUGUCAUCACGUCUUCACACAUAACGUAAUGUUCACAAAUCACUUUACAGACUCGUGCUUCAACAUUUGCUCACUUUCACUACGGUUUCAACGCUCCCUACAGCAGUGGUGUCCAAACAGCAGCCUGGGGGUCAUUUUCGGCCCACAGAUCAUGUUUUUAUUGGCCUUCUCCAUAUUCUGAAAAUUUUAUUACAGUGGAACCUUGGUUAGCAUUAUUAAUCCAUUGCAGAAUGUCCGACUCUAACCAAAACAGACGUUAACCAAAUACAUUUUUCCCAUAAGAAAAAAUGUCAACACAAAACACCUUUUUAUAAUUUUACAAUUAUAG